AUGGCUGACUUAUUUAGUCGUGUGAUGUGGGACUGGAUGACGGCAUCGCACUACGACAUUGAAGGGGGCGCUGAGGGAUUGACGGGAUUGACCUCUACCACCCAUGGUGAUGACGGUAUCUCUUUCAGGACAUCCUCGCCAUACGUCUCUUCUUCUGUUCGGAGGUUAAUAUGCUAUUGGGAUAUCGCCGCGCUCCGCGUGUCCCCUGCCAAUCAGGUCAAAACCGUGACUCGAGCUCACGCUUCCCCGUUGUCCAAUAUACCGAAUGCUGGGUGGGGAGCAGGCUAUUCGAGGUUGAUUUGGGCCUUUCGUCAGGAAUACCGAGGCAAUGUCACUCUCGAACUUCCAAAGUUGCAUGAGACAUUGGGUCCUCUUGUUCGAAUUGGUCCCAACGAACUAUUCUUCUACUCUAUCGAUAUUUACGACACAGUCCACAGGGUUAACAGCGGAUUUGUGAAGGAUCCCCAAAACUAUGGUGAAUUCGUCCAAGAUGAGCACCCUGCGCUCUUCUCCAUCACGUCUGUUGCAACCCUCCGGAGAUACACGUAG